AUGGACUCGACCGCGCCCCGUCGCAGUGAGCCCUACACCCACGCCUGGCUGGCAUCCACGGAAGCCAAGACAUCCUACAUCCUAGACACCUUGCACAUCCCGCACGUCAUCUGGGGCGACGCCGUCUUCGGCUACCUGGGCCUGCAGCUAACGAUCACCAGUUCAGACUACGUGAUCGAAGACGAGGGUUUCGCCGUCGCCGUAGAAACCCUGUCCACCUUCCCCGAAGGACUGGACUUCUGCUGCCAGGCCCCCGACCCUACCGACAUCACCAGCACGAACACCUCGCCCCCCUGCCCCUGGCACCCGCACCCCCGCCCCAAAGGCACCCUCCUGCCAGACGCGCACUUCAUCGUCAACGACAAGCACCACCUGCACCUGUACCGCAAAUCCCGACUCCUGUGGUGGAUGCCGCGGCUGCAGGAACCCCGCAACGAGGAGGAAUCCCUGUUCAUGUGCACCUGCGACCCGCGCCUGCCCCCGCCGCGGGCCACGGAGCACCGCGGCGGACCGGGACGGGGGCCCGCGGACCUGGCCGCGACGCACCACCCGGUGCCCAUGCUGAAGCCGCACGUCUACGCGGCGGCGCUGGUGUUCCUGGCGGUCCGGAAUGUCGCGCACGAGAUCGAGGCGCACUGGGACACCGAGCUGGACAAGAUGGCCGCGGCGAUGGCCCCGUGCCCGCUGUACCGGCAGCAGGAUGUCCCGGAUGUGUUCUUGGAGUUCGUGGCGCGCAGGGAGGAUACGUAUGUCUCGUUGACGAUCUUCACGGCGCUGUGGCGGCGGUUGCAAGAGUGGAUGCCCCCGGCGGAGGGGGAGCCCGUCAAGGAUUAUAGGCGGCGGCGCCGGUGGUUGGAGAAGUGGAAGGGUUGAGUUGCCCUGUUGGUUGGGGCGGUUUGACACCGGGUUUGGUAGAAUUAAGAACCGAUUUCUUGAGUGCGUUGCAUUUUCUGGCGUAAUGCUUUAACUAGUUUAGUAAGAUCUAUGAUGGGAAUCUGGUUUCUAAAUUAUCAUUCUUCCUCUUUUUGCCCUUUUUCUUCUUCUUUUCUGAGGCUUUUAUGUAUUGGGCUUAUCUUUCGGUUCGACGAUUAAUUUAUUUUCACGUGUGUCUGCUAGCUGUAAUCUGACACGUAGUUACGAUUCUCUGUAAAUCACCCAGCAAGAUGUUUCUUGCGUAAUAAUGGCCGUCUUCAUGAGAUCACUCUAAUGACAGAAAAUUCUUAUCUAAA